ACAGAAGAGCAAAGUAUUCAUACAGCGUUUAUGUUUUUGUUGUGAAAAGGCAGAUCAAACAUUGUACCAUGGGGAAAACAGCAGCUAAAGAUUCCAAGACUAUUAAAAAAGAAAAACAUGGGAAGAGUAAUCAGUCAAGCAAUCAGUUGGUAAAUAAUGAUUAUUUUAGCUGGGAUGACUACUUGAAAGAGACUGGAUCCGUAGCUGCUCCCUCACAUUGCUUCAGACAGUCUAGGAUUCCACCUACAAAUGAUUUCAAAGUGGGUAUGAAACUGGAAGGUCAUGAUCCUCGCAACAUUACCUCAGUAUGUAUAGCUACAGUUAUUGGAAUUACGGGUGCCAGAUUAAGGUUACGAUUGGAUGGAAGUGACAACAAAAAUGACUUUUGGAGGCUUGUUGAUUCAUCUGACAUACAGCCAGUUGGAACCUGUGAGAAGAAUGGAGGGAUGCUUCAGCCUCCACUAGGAUUCCAGAUGAAUGCAUCUUCUUGGCCAAUGUUUCUCUUAAGAACAUUAAAUGGUGCUGACAUGGCACCUGCAGCAUUCUUUAAGAAGGAACCACCAAAACCAUCUCUAAAUAGUUUUAAAGUUGGAAUGAAACUAGAAGCAAUAGACAGAAAAAACCCUUUUUUAAUAUGCCCUGCAACAAUUGGUGAUGUGAAAGGAGAUGAAAUUUUUAUUACCUUUGAUGGCUGGCGAGGGGCAUUUGACUAUUGGUGUAAAUAUGAUUCCCGGGAUAUCUUUCCAGUUGGAUGGUGUGAUUUAACAAGAGAUGCUCUACAGCCACCAGGGAAUAAUGUUUCUAGUACAAAGAAUAAUGCAAAAGCCCAGACAUCCCCUUCCAAAGUGACCCGGCGUUCAAUGCAGUCUCCACAGAAAUCAGCAUCGGUUCCAGCUCCUGCUCCCACACCCAAAGGGAGGAAACCUGGUCGGGGAAAACCACCAGCUUCACCUGCAGUUAUUAAGAAAGGCAGGUCUCCUAAAAAUAUUCAUGUGACAAAAAACACAACUCAUAAGGAAAACCUCAAAACAAGAAAAAAGAGCUUGAAACCAGGCAGGAAGAAAAAAAUCUUCCCGGUGCAAUCUGCGGUAUUUUCUCCUUCCCUUUCUUCUGCAAAAGUGGAAAAUAGCACUACACAGAUUUACAAAGAUGCGUCUGCUAUUACUGGUGCAACAGCAGCUGUCAUUUCUACCGUUUGUGUCUAUGUUAACAAACAUGGAAACUCAGGGCCUCAUCUGGAUAAAAAGAAGGUACAGCAACUUCCUGAUCACUUUGGACCUGGUCCUGUGAAUGUGGUGCUUCAGCAGGCUGUGCAAGCUUGUGUAGACUGUGCCUAUCAGUCGAAAACGGUCUUUGGAUUUCUGAAGUCAGGACAUCAUGCAGGAGAAAUGAUCACCGCCUCUUUUGAUGGGGAGAAGCAUGCCAUCAGUCUUCCUUCUGUAAACAGUGCAUCCUUUGUCCUGCGGUUCUUGGAGAAGCUCUGCCACAGCCUUCAGUGUGAUAAUCUUUUUAGCAGCCAGCCUUUCAGUCCUUAUAUGGGGAGUGCCCAUAGUCCUACAGAUUAUGAUAGAAACAAGCCAGCAAAAGAAGAAAUAUCAGACAAUAGAAGUACUACUAAACGGUAUUCUCAGGAUUCACCACCCUAUACUGCCCCCUUGUCUCCUAAACUACCAAGAACUGAAGUCCACCCCUCAGAAGCAGAAAUCCUGCCGAGCGAAGAAAACAGCACACCUAAAGAACACAGGUUUUCUGAAGACUCAAUGGAUUCUGCACGAAAUUCAGUCCAUCUUUCAAGCCCUAGUUGUCAGAGUUCCACUGAAUAUCGUAUCUCAGGGAGUGCAGCCUAUUACAGGAAUUCUCUUCCACCAGUGACUGCUACCUCAAAUACAGCACCAAUCCUACGUAGGCUAUCAUCAAGUUCUGCUGGGAACAGCAGUUACUAUGAAGUCAAUAGGAAUCGACUGCAGAGGAGGAUUGAAGCUGCAAGCUCUACAACAGGACCUGACCUCAGUGCACUAAAGCGGGAACCUUCCAGAAUACCCAAUAAGGAUCCUUCUAUGUGGUCAAUAGAUGAAGUAAUGCGAUUUGUGAAAGAAGCUGAUCCUCAAGCAUUGGCACCCCAUGCGGAGCUCUUCAGAAGACAUGAAAUAGAUGGAAAAGCUCUCCUCUUGCUGAGGAGUGAUAUGAUAAUGAAAUAUAUGGGGCUAAAGUUAGGCCCAGCAUUAAAGCUGUGCUACCACAUUGAGAGACUUAAACAAGGAAAGUACUAG